AUGCGGAUAAUCGCAUCAGGCGAUGACAUCAGGCCGCCGAUUAAGUCAAAAGAUGACACGAAGUACGGCGUUUGUGAAGGAAGGAAAAUCUCAAGGGUACUUGGUCUGAAUACCAAAGGUUCCGAACUCAGGAUGUUAGUAGUGUAUUCAGACGCCAAGAAAAUCCACAGGGAGGAUGCCGAGCUGGUCCCGUCACGUAUUUUGCGGCAUUACGCUCCGCAGACGGUUAUCGACUACUACGAAUCACUCAUCAUCACCGGCAAUUCCGAAUGA